UCAACUGUAAUCAACAUGCUCGGACUUAAGUGCAAUCACAUGUGUCUACACAUCCUUCUCCUCGUUGGCCUCGUUGGCCUGGCCAGCGCUCAGUUCGUGUUGCCUGGGCGGGCGCAGCGUUCGCUGUACGGUCCACCGCCACCAGGUCCAUGGAGCAGCGGCUGGAGCAGCGCGCCCAGCUUCGAGCUGCCCUCACACUCGAAUCACAUAACGCGGGAUGAGGUGCUCGCUCUCCUGGCUGCCUGGAAGGCGGCCGACGCCAAGCCGACGCCGACGCCGAAGCCAGCGCCUGAGCCGGAGCCUGAACCGGAGCCAGAGCCAGAGCCGGAACCAGAGCCAGAGCCCGAACCGGAGCCGGAGCCAGAGCAAGCACCUGCACCCGCACCCGCACCGGCACCUGGACCCGCACCACCAGCACCGCCAGCUGUGCCACUGACCGUCUCGCUGCCCGCCUUCGUGCCCAUCCAGCUGUCCGCCAUGUACACCGCUCCGGCGCCUGUGGCCGGCGCAGGCCUCGGAUUCGGCUUCGGUCCUGGCCUGCCAACAUUGGGCGGCGCAGUUGCCGGCGCUGCUGCUGCUGGCGCUGCCCCAGAUGCUCAGGCUCGCUUGGGCCGCAUCAUACGCCCACGCACUGGCGUCCGGGCCAAUACGAAUAUACGCUUCCCCGUGGCCAAUCCACGCAGCUUUGCCUCCGCCAACUAUGUGGCACCACGUCCGCGCGCCUAUCGCACCAUCCUCGCCGAGACCAGCCAGCCCAUGAGCAUCAACGCCUUGCCGCCGCCGCCUUUCCUGGCCAAUCCCGUCCAGUUCGUGCCCACCAACUGGCAGUAAGGAUGCAUGUGCUCCAUGUGUACGCCACAUACAAGUACUCCACUCUCUAUAUAUAUAUAUAUACCAUAUAUAUGCCACACUAUAUAUACUUUAAUCGAUCAUAUGUGUCCAUAUAAGUGUAAAUAGCUCAAUGUUGAACGCGUUGUCUUGU